AUGAAGGAGGUCAUUUCUCAGGCUUUCCCGGAGCUAGUGGGCCUGCCAUUUGUAGAGAGUAGGUUGUGCUGGUACACAGACAGCAUCGACAACAAUUAUGUCAUUGAUUAUGUCCCUGGGUAUUCAGACUCGUUGUUCAUUUGCACAGGAGGCUCUGGACAUGCAUUCAAAUUUUUGCCCAUUCUUGGUAGGCAUGUAAAGAACCAAUUGGAACGGACUCCCGAUCAGUUCACCUCCUUAUGGAUGUGGCGUGUUGCCAGAAAUGGGGAGGAAAACAACGGCCUAGCUGAUGGAGAAGCUGGACCUCGAGAGAUGUCUCGACUUCAAAUGGCUGAGGUGACCGACUUCAACCUGGAAACGGUAAGAAAAUGGGCUCUUCCUUAA